GCAGGGCAGGGCAGAGAGGAGGGAGCCGUCGGGAGCCGAAGCUAGAACCAGAGCUGUUGGGGAGCCGCCAUGGGGUCCCAUAGGCCUCCGAGUCGCGUGUGGAGCUCCGGCCUCCGCGGUGGGGUGGGCGCGGACGGAGAAGACGACGGGCCCGUGUGGACUCCCAGCCCGGCCAGUCGUAAUUACCUGCUGAACGUGAGGCCCGAGAUCAGCUUAUCAAGCAACCGGUACUCUCACCCCAGCUCUGGAAGGAGCACCUUCUGCUCCAUCAUUGCCCAGCUGACCGAGGAGACGCAGCCCCUGUUUGAGACCACCCUCAAGUCCAGGGCUGUGUCUGCAGACUGUGACGCCAAGUUCACUUGCAUUGUCACAGGAUACCCAGAGCCCGAGGUGACAUGGUACAAAGAUGAUGAGGAGCUGGAUCGCUACUGUGGCCUGCCAAAAUAUGAGAUUUCUCAGCAGGGGAAUCGGCACACCCUACAGCUGUACAAGUGCCAAGAAGAAGAUGCCGCUAUCUACCAGGCGUCUGCUCGAAAUGCCAAGGGCAUUGUAUCCUGUUCAGGAGUCUUGGAAGUGGGGACCAUGACCGAGUACAAAAUUCACCAGCGGUGGUUUGCCAAGCUGAAGAGGAAGGCAGAGGCAAAGAUGCGGGAGAUUGAGCAGAGCAGGAAGUAUGGGAAGGAGAUGGUGUCAGAGGCGGACACGAUGCGCAAACUCAGCCCGGACCGAUUUCAGCGGAAGCGGCGGCUAAGUGGGGCAAGGGAGCAAGGCCCCUCGGCUUCUUGCAAAGACCUUGAGGAUGGAGCCCCGGAGCCCGAGUUCAAAGGAGAGACCAAUGAGCCACCCUGGAGCCCAGCCAAUGGACUGGCUAAUAGCUUUUCGGGGAGCGAGGUCACCACAAAUGGGGACGCCACCUUGGAGAGUGGCGAAGAGAGUGGAGAUGGCUUUCUGUCUUACAUCUGUGAGGCGGUGGAGCUCAUCUCUCAGAGACCCCCCACAAAGGAGUCUGUAGCCAAGAAGAAGAAGAAAGAAGAAGGGCCUGGUCACAAAGGAUUGAGGAUAGGUGAGCAAAAACCUGAAGGGGAAAGGACAUCUGAAAACCACAUUCCUACUGCUGCCAAAUCAGACUCCAGCAGAACACGUGGCCACAAGGAAGUGGAGAAAACGCGGCUCGCUCAAAGAGAGAGCUCUCCAAAGACCACCAAGCUGGAUGGGGCAGAGAGGACCCUGGAAUCCACCUCUCCUGCGGCACAGGAGGCUAGAAGCUCAGGCAAGAUCGGGGUCAAGACUGACCAGGGCCCAAAAGCCCCUACCCAGGAUAGCAAUGUUUAUUUCUCCUUAAAGGACAUGUACCUGGAAAACACCCAACCUACUGCCACUGAGGAGAGGCCGCAGCCCCGCACUGGAAGUCCCCAAGGUGGUAUCCCUUUGGGGGCUUUACCAGGGAUGGAGAAAGGAGGAGAGAAGUUGCCUCCUGGACAGCCAGCACCCCCCUCUGCCCAACAGCCCCCCAGGGUAUUUAAUAGGAAAAGAUUUGCCCCUCCUAAACCAAAAUGUGACCCCAGCAAUGAUUCCCAGCCUUGUGCCUCUGGGGGUAACCCCUCAGGCAUUUCGGGUCUUUCUCCCCAGCAAGGGGCCCAGGUCUUGGGAAUUUCCCCUGAGCCAGCAGCCACUGUCCCAACUCCCCCUGCCCGGCGGAAGCACAAGACCCAGGAGAGCCCUUCCCAGAAACCGAAAGCCCACAGGACCCCUUGUGAGGCCCCGGAGACGCAGGUGGCCCGAGCACCUGCCCCAUCUGCUGACCGUAGAUCUGCUGCAGAGGGUCUCAACCACAAUGUUGAAGGAAAACAGGGGAGCAGUGAGCCCAUGGAUGUGGAGAUGUGGGAGGAGGCGAGGACGCAGACGGGAAGAAGGACGCCGAUGGAUGUUAGUGCCCAGAUGGAGAGCACACAGGAAGAUGUGAGGACACAAGGGAAUGUGAAGCAACAGGUUGUUGGGAGAAUGCCUAUGGAAAGCACAGAGACAGAUGGGAGGACACAGGUGGGCACAGUAACACAGCCAGAGUGGGAGAGUGGCCACAAUCAGCAGCCUACAGCCCCUGACUCCUACACUGCAGAGGUUCCUCAGAGACGUAGUAGCUUCAGGAGGCCGCCCAUGGAAUCUUCCCAUCCUUCACUGCUGAGACCUGAGGAGACACAGGGUCCAGCCCUCAGGAAUGCGCAAGGGAGCAUGCAGAGCCUUACAGCCCCUCUUGGUCCAGAAGCUGGUGGGAGGCCCGUGGACAGAGAGGAAAGCAGAGGACCAGGGGAACCAGUCCCUAGUGAAAUGGACAAGGUGCCCAGGCCCACUGAGGAGCCUGAGAUCUCUAUGGAAGAGUCUAGCCCCAUGGCAGAGGUGACCUCGGGCCUCAGCUCAGGCUCCCAUCCAACUUCUCCCAGAAGCACCAAAGCCCCCAGCAUUCCUAGACUAAAGGCAGUCUCCCUCCCAAAGAAGAACAGGCAGGAAGAGCAAGUUGAAGGAGGGCAUGCCGGGGUGGCUGUGAUGCCCCAUCCAGAAGCAGCCCAGGCUGUGGGGUGCUCUGAUCCAGAGGCGCAGCCUCCCUGUGAAGCCUCGCCCAGAGUGGGGACACCCAACCCUGGUCAUUGUGCAGAGACCGAGGCUGUGGUGAGUAGAGGCGGUGUUGUCGGUGCACAGGGGGAGUCUGAACCUGAGGUUCCAGGAGCUGAGCUGAGGGCCCCCAGCCCUGUGGCGCCUGACAGUGCCCUCAUUGAUUCCUUGAAGAAUUAUUUACUCCUUCUUUUGAAGCUGUCCAGUGCAGAGACAGACCGAAGUGAAACUGAAGCCAGGGGGAGACCAGAGGGCCAGCAGCCCCCUGCGGGGGGACCGGGGCCCCCAGACACUCUGGCGCCAACAGUGGAGAUCGCUGGCUUGAGCCCCCGCACAUCUCGGAAGAUUCUCGAGCGAGUGGAGAACAACCACCUCAUUCAGAGUGCGCAGAGCUUGCAACUGAGCCCCUGUACCUCCCGUCGGCUCACUGGCCUCCUUGACCAGGAGGUGCAGUCUGGUCACAAGGCCCUGGCAGCCGGGAAGCCACUGAGAAGAAACCCCAGUCCACUGACUGUCCCUACUAUUGUAGUGGGGGAGGAGACCCAGGUGCCAGCUCCAGAGAACAGUGACAAGGGGGCCACUGAGGAGAGCAGAGUGGGGGAGUCCCUUUGGGUCAGUGGGGAUCAAGGGUCCCUCAGGAUGGGCAAGAAUAAGAGAGAGGAGCCCUGCAGGGAUGCUGAGCUCUCAGGAGAUAAUGGGGGGGGUCUCCCAGGUGCAACCCCAGAGGAGCUGGCCUUAGGAGCUCGGAGGAAGAGAUUUCUCCCAAAGGCCAAAGUGUCUGGAGACGGGGAAGCACCUGCUCCUGAAGACAGGGAAAGCCCUACAGUGUCACCCCGUGGGUCCAGGAAGAGCCUGGCCCCUGGAUCCCCACUGAUUCCUCCGAAGGAGAGACAUUCCCCUUCCCAGAACAGAAAGAUGCUCGAGGUGCCUCGUUCAGAUGACGACUCUGCAGACCCGGGCUCUGGGCCCAAGGGCAGUGGGCCAGACUCGGAGUUGGCCUCCGAAGAUGGCAAGCAGGAUGAGAUGGCCAAGCCCAGAAAAAGCAAAGACCUUUUCAAGGCCCCCCAGGUGAUCCGGAAGAUCCGAGUGGAACAGUUUCCCGAUGCUUCAGGAAGCCUGAAGCUGUGGUGUCAGUUCUUCAACAUCCUUGGUGACUCGGUAUUGACCUGGGCCAAAGACCAGCUCCCUGUGGCUGAGGUAGAGCGGAGUGCGGGAGAUGAGGGGCCGGCGGCCUUAGCCAUUGUACAGGCUUCACCUCGGGACUGUGGUGUGUACCAGUGUACCAUCCGGAAUGAGCAUGGCACCGAUUCUACUAAUUUCUGUCUCAGCCCUGAGGUGUUGUCGGGAUUCAUCUCCAGAGAAGAAGUAGAAGUUGGAGAAGAGAUUGAGAUGACACCCAUGGUAUUUGCCAAGGGCCUUGCCGACUCUGGCUGCUGGGGGGACAAGCUCUUUGGGCGACUGGUGAGUGGAGAACUCCGAGGAAGCGGGCGUGGCCGUGGCCUUCGCAAGGCCUCCCAAGCCAAAGUUAUCUAUGGAUUGGAGCCCAUCUUCGAGUCGGGCCGAACUUGCGUGAUCAAGGUCCCCAACCUGCUUGUGUUUGGGUCCAGCAGUGAGAACUCUCUUCUGGGGAGGAAUUAUGAUGUCACCAUCCAGGGAUGUAAAAUCCAAAACAUGAGCCGAGAGUACUGCAAGAUCUUUGCCGCCGAGGCCCGAGCCGUCCCUGGCUUUGGGGAGGUUCCUGAGAUCAUCCCACUGUACUUGAUCUACCGGCCUGCAAACAACAUCCCCUAUGCCACUCUGGAGGAGUACCUGGGCAGGCCCUUGGAGCCAUACUGUGCCCGCGACUGGGAGAGUGGCGGCCUCCAGGCGGCCCCUGCCACUUCUGAGGCUGCCCAGAAGUGUCGGACCUUCCAGCACUGGUUGUAUCAGUGGACAAACGGCAGCUUUCUGGUCACAGACCUUGCAGGUGUUGAUUGGAAGAUGACAGAUGUGCAGAUUGCCACCAAAUUUAAAGGGUACCAAGGUCUUAAGGAAAGCUGCUUUCCGGGCCUCCUUGAGCAGUUUGCCGUUUCACAUCAAUGCAAUGCCCACUGUGAGAUGCUGGGGCUGAAGUCUCUCAAGAGCCUUGAGACUCUUUACCCCACGGCCAAGGCCAAGGGCUCCAAGAGCCCCUCCUCGGGCAGGAAAGCCCCGUCGUCCACUCAGUUGAGCCCCCAGCUUCAGAAGAAAGGUCAUCCUAGCCCCCAGGGACCCCGGAAAAGCACCUCAAGCUUGAAGGCCAUCCCUAGGUCCCCAGAGACUGCUGAUACACAGUUGAAUAGCCAACCUGCUGCCCAGGAAAGGGGCUCCAAGGCUCAGGGCAUGUGAUAAUCACGACUGGAGGCUGGGGGGCCUCCACCCAGAUUAAACACCAACCAGGAAACAGUUCAAACCAAACAGUAAAUCCAUUAACACAGAAGUGGAAAGAAGGGGUGGGUAUAGCCCUGUUGCAGGAUGGCCCUCCCAUAUAUGGAAAGUCUUCGUUCUUCUUGAGCCUUAGAGCCAGAGGACCCACAGUGUAGAAAGCUGUGCCCGGGAGGGUCUCACCGGGGUGCCUGGGACCUCACGGAAGGAUUCAGGGAUCGGCUGGCAUGGUUCAUGCCAGUUUCUGUUUCAUUCAUUCGAGGCCUCAGGGCAUGCCUGUGUAUGGAGCCCACAGCAUUUCCCCAGGUUAGGUGGACAGAGAGGGAGACAGGUCAAUGCCUCAGCAUGGCAAAAUGCCUGGGGCUUACCCGCUCUGAGAGUAGCCAGUGCUGGGUAUCUGGGGCCUCACCUGGGUGCGGUGCCCUCUGCCACGUUUACAGUUGCUAUUGGCUUGAGGGCCCUCUGUAUCCCUGGGUCAGAUGCUCAGACUGCCUUCAUCAUAGCCAGGUCCUGAAGUGUGUGUGGUUUCUCUGACUGCUCUGGGCAGAGGCCCGCCUCCUUCAUUCUUGCUUGGCACUGAACCCUUGAUAUUAACCGAAGCUACUUGACCCUGUUUGUGGGGAUUGUUGGUGUUCCUAACUUGCUGGCAACCACCAACUCCAGGGGCUGCCCGACUCCUAGAUACUUUUCCCCCUGUGGCCUGGCUCCUCCAACUAACCUGCCCCAGUGCUCAGCUUCCCAGCGCCCUGUCUGUUUGUCUUGUGAGUAUAACAAUGAAGGGCAUUCACUCUCCUGCUUUGCCCAUUUCCCUCUUGAUUGCUGACUCCCUUUUCCCCAAGGGCUUCUCACGGGCUCUUCCCCUGGCUGAGUCUCUUUCUAGGUCUGCACUGGCUGUUCUUUGCUGAGAGACUCCAUCUUGGCACCAGGGAAAUUGUUGCCUCUGCUUGCAUCUCAAAUCUUGUUCUCUUUCUCAAGUUUGCCCUGGGCUCCUAGGGCGAUGGGCUCUGCCCCAUGGGAUUGAGGGUGGGCAUUAGUAGCUAUGGCAUGGGGGCUAGUACUUGGCUAAGGAGAUCUGGAGGCCCACUCUAAGGUAGAGAAUUUGGAGCCACGAUGAUUUGUAGAUAUUUCUGCAUAGCCAGUGCCUAGGGGUUGGGUUUAAAGUAAUUUUCUGCUCAGGUUAGAAUGUGUGUGUCGGGUGAGGUGGGGAGGCAGGGAGGCAGGAAGGGAGGAAUGAGCCAGCCCAAUUCUGGGGUUCUAGAUCUCUAUGUCUAGGCUCUCAGACUGGGAUCCUGGGGGACAGACAGUAGCCCCCUGAUCCAUUUCUUUGAUUCUGGAUUUUUCUUCAUGGGCUCCAGAAGAAAGCCCUGGGCCAAGGAGCUCAGCCUGAGUACACCUCCUUCCUGAGUAGCUCUUGUUCUGGUCUGUGCUGGGAUGGGUACACCUGUUAUGGUGAUAGGGGCUUGCAUGCUCCACUUUGAAUGCAAUAAAGGCAAUGAGUGCU